AUGUGCGAUGAUAUUGAGAGAGAUAUCUUCGACUGGCCACUCGACUUGGAACUCACUCGGUAUCGAGAUGCCGACAUUGGCACGAGCUUUGAGAUCAUCUAUUACCAAACACAUUCAUUUCACAACGCUCUCAUUAUUUACUUCUCCCAGAAUGUCAGACUACUCAGCCAUAGGUAUCUCCGCCAGUAUGUGACAGAGGUUCUACAUGACAUUGAGACAAUCGAGAACAUCAAGGCCGAGAGCAAGCUACUUGCUGCACCCCUCUUCUGGCCGGCUUUCAUGGCGGCAACGGAAGCUCAUGAUCAGCGUCUCCAAGACCGUUUUCGCCAAUGGUAUACUAAAGUUGCGGUUUACGGCAUCAAAGCGCCAAUGGCGUACGGUAGUGGAGGAAACAGGGACGACUUUGAUGCUGACAUGAUCCCCGAAACAUCGAAGGAGAACUUCUAA